UGAGAUGGAGUUGAUUCGUCUCAGCUGCACCUGUAACCUGUUUUGUUCGGGGACGCUCGGACCUUCUAUCACGGAUUGCUCUCAAGACCUCAAAUUUUGUUCGGUUUUGGUAGAUAUCCCGCAAUUGCAUGACGGGAGAGUACGAAGCCCGUGGAAAGCGGAUUUUAUGAGCCAAUUGGCCAUGUCCGUUCCCUAAAAUGGCCAAAAAGAAGAAAGAUUCGCCAGGAGGGGACGCCGAGAAUGUUCCCAAUGCGACGAAAAUAGACGGGCAAUCACGAGGAAGCAAGCCGAGCUCGAAGUCUCUUCCUCCAUUGUUGAUAUGCCGGAAUAAACAUUGGAGAUAUAUCUCGGCGUACCACGGGCCAUGGCUUCAACUCCCCCCGGAAAUCCUCGAGACCAUCGCCCACAGUAACUACCUUUCCCCUCGCCCGCGUACCAUCGAUCCCGCGGUCUGUUUCGACCUGGUGAAGAUCCGCAAUGCGGUCGACGAAGCGUCCAACCUGGCAGUGCGUGCCGCCAGCGGGCUUACCUCCGCCGCCAUGAGCUCCUCGGCGAACUUCUCCCAAGGGGUGGUGAACCGCACGGGUGCCGCGGCGCUUGGAUUGGGGUAUAAUGGGCAUGGAUCCACAGAGCUGAGCCGCGAACGGAAAUACCGCAUGCGAGAGAUGGCGGCGCGGCAGCUCGCGCACGCGUAUCGGACCGACGAAAUCGCGACGAGCGUGGCGACGAUGCAGGCAACGAGCACGAUCGACGAAGUCGCCCACUUGGUGUUGCAGCGGAAUUCGGACGAGGCGGAUGCGAAAUACGUGCACUUUUUCCACGAGAAGAUCCCGUCGCGGAUGAUGGCGCAGCAUUCGCCCCUGGAUGUGCUAGACGACGUCAGUGCCGAUUGCUCGGCGGAUCCGGCGCCGCUCCGGACGAGAGCGCUCGUGAGGAUAUUCAAGGAGGAUUAUGCGGGUGCAGCGAGGGAUUUUACGGCCGCAUUGAAGAUCUAUCGGCAUCAUGAAGCGCAGCAUCGGGCGAACCGAAGUCAACUUGUGCGGCAAACGGAGGGGCAAGAGCAGAGGGAACGGCUGAUGCACCGCGAUAAGAUCGAGGAGGUGGACCAGCCUAGCAGCUUGGAAGGCCAGUUGCUGUUCCACAGGGCAUAUGUCUAUCUUGCUUUGGCUUGUCAGCACGUCUACAUUGCGCUGGAGGAACCACCGAAGGAGGAGCAGACCGGACAUCUGCCAGAGAAUAGUGAAUCGAGCAGUGCCCAGGGAGCUGCUCUGCAGAGGAAGUUGGAGGCACAAACCCAUGUCCGGACCUACGCAAGGAGGGCGAUCCGAGACCUAGUCUCCUUUCUGAACCUACUGGAUUAUACGCCGGGUCUCGCUUUUGACGUUGCGGAUCGUUUCGUCGAGCAAGUCCUUGGCUACACAUCUCAUCCGGUUAACGGCUCGAGUACACCUCAAACCUCCCCGGCCUCCACCUCCGUCAACUCAGAAGCGUCGUCACCCGAUUCCCUGGCGCCGUAUCGCAAACCUCCCACCCACCGAGAGCUCACCCAGAAAAUUGCCCAAUUCACCCACGAGAACGGCAAGGAAUGGGUUCCCAAAAUCUACUCCGCCUCCGCCCUCUUCUCCCCCACCCCACCCUCCGAUCUCCCUCCCUUCCCCCUCACCUCCGCACGCCACCGCCUCGACCUCCCCCCACCUUUCCAAGAAAGCCUCACCUUCCACCCCCUGCUCACCGAAGCGCUCCACUCCCUCCUCCUGGCCCACAGCCUCGCGCAGACGCCCCCGACGGAACUCCGCCGACAUGCGCACAACGUCGCCCGCCUCUCCAACCUCGUGGACGGCUACCCCGUCUUUGCCACCUCUACCCGCUGCCCGGCCCGCGCCGACUGGGUCGAGCUGCUCAACUUGACCAACAACUGGCUCGAUGUGGCCACUGGCGCGGGCGGCUGGGAGGGGCUGUGUCGACUCUCGAGCGUCAGCGACGCUGUUCCCAGCCCCAGCAAGGCCGCGGAGCGAGAUGGCCGUACGCACGCUGUGGCCACCGCCAAGCCAUGCGGUCCCGGCGGAACGUCCGCAUCCGCAGGCACGGAACCCAGCCGCAAGAGCACGGAUAACGGGCUGACGGACGAGAUCCGGAAGCUGGAGCGGGACGAGCCGAUGCUGACGCCGACGUUCGAUAGCGGUGGGGCGCUGGCGGGGUUCCGGUCGAGUGAGCGGGUGGACCUGAUCGCGCGGUGGGUGGUGGAAAUUCCGGAGCCGGCGGAGGGGGCGGGGAAGGGGAGGAAGGCUAGGGGGGGAAAGAAGGGGAGGAAGAUGAGGAGGGGGACGGGGGAUGUUGAUGCAGUUGGGGAGAUGGGCAAGUUGAAGGUGGAUGAGGGAGUCGGUGAGAGGAUUGACAACGCGCAGUCCGAUGGUCUGGCUGCUUGAAUUAGAUCGUCAGGGUUGGAGGGCAAUUGGAUAUUUGACUCCAGUGCCGCUAUGGAGAUAUCUGUGGUUCUUUCAGUGAGUGCUGUUGCUCCUCUAUCGGCCAUAUUCUUGCUGCGUACAAAUAGUACUCCCUCAACUCAGGUUGCCCCUGAAGGGUCCCAGUUGACAAUGCUCCAGCUAGCCACAGAAUAUAAGUAUGAAUCCAUCGUAUUGCAGUUCAGUUGUAAUCUCUUGCUCUCCCUCAGGGGAACAUGGACCAUUGUCUCCUCAUGCUGUGACGUUCUCACUGUGAUCUCAGUCCCCUCAGUCCCCACAAUCCUCAGUUCUCAUAAUCCUCACCGCCCUCAUCGCCCUUACGUGUGCAGCAGAGUGCAGUCGAGGACUAUUCCCUCAUCAGACUUCCGGCUUCUGGAACUUUUGAGAAC